AUUCUUUUUCUUUACAGGUCUGCAAAAAAUUCUCAACAGAAUGUUUUAUAAGAGUUUUUCUUUUUAUAAUUUUUUAUGAAAACUUGUUAAUCUGAAGAAAUUUAAGACAUCUUUGGAAAAUCUUCAUGAAUUCUAUUUUCAUUCAUUCAUGAAUUUUAUUUACUUAGAUGUGAAGAAUUCUUGAAAAUAUUGUAAUAUAUUAUGAGAAAUUUUUUUAUCAGGAUAUAACGUGAACAAAAUUUGAAAAAAUAAUUUGAGUGCUUGGUUCUUAAGGGCGAAGACUUAAUUUUACGACGUUAGAUUUUUUUAAAGAGAAUUUAGGAGGUUGACACUGUUAAAGCUUCGCCUGAGAUGUCGAGCAUGGAACGUCACGAGCGGCCACGAAGACCCACAACGUGCGGAGCUUCCGUUGCGUGAACGGCCUUGCCCCAAGUUGCAUAUUAGGCCGGCAAACGGUGUGUUUAUCGAUCGUUUCAUAAACCUCAUUUAUCUCUUUACUCGUACCAUCGUUUUUCCCUAUAGUUUAUAUUUAUUUAACGAGAAGGGUAAAAUAGUGCAAACUAGAAACAGACAGCGGAAUGAAUAGACCACCGUGUUUGCUCGAUUUACUGAGAUGUAUUUACUGCUAUACACGGUAAUCGGAUUGUGUGUGUCUGGGGAGAAAGGAAAAAAAGAGAAAGAGAAAGAGAGAGAGAGAGAAAGAGAGAGCUGUUCCUCCCUUAUUGGACAUCGCGUAAACCUCCCACUGUUACCAUGAAGAAAAAUGCAACGACAAAGUCCAACGAGUCUCCCGGAUUUACUCGUACAGAUGAAAUGAUCGCUCGUGUUCUACGAGACCUGAUGGUGAGAAAUCUUUUCUUCAUUCAAUUGUAAGAGAAUCGCUUCAAUAUUCUUGAUGCUUUUACACAGAACAAAUUUUCCUCAUUUCACGAUGUGGCUUCGAAUUGCAAAUUUCACAAGUGUGGAUCACGUUUCUCGAUCGUUCCUAAAAUUAAAGAGAUUCGUCUUGGCGCAUUAAUUAAGCGAUUUCAGGGGCAACGAGCCAGUUCCGAUUGUUGACACUUAUAACAGGUGACGGGAAAACGAUAUGUAAAUCGCGGUUCGAUCGGUGUCAUCUUUUUUGAACAAUGAUGCAUCUCAACACACUUGAGUGCCCCACCGUUAUAUCGUUCGCCCUGUGCCGCGCGAGAUAAGGCACCGACCACCAUGGUGGACAAAUUGCACGAGUACGAGGGAUUCAUGGGUAGGAUUCACGGUGUUCGUGACACUAUCAGGGAACGAUGGAACGUGUGGAAAGAGUGGAAAAACAGCCUGAAUCUGGAUCAGGGCCUGGAAGGACUGAAGCAACAUUUACGGGGGCCGCCCAAAUUAGAGCGCACUUUGGACGACUAUUCUCACAUCUACAGGAAGAAGACCCGCGGCGAAUUAGUGAGGGUGUCGGCGGCCGUAAUGGGGAUCGAGUUCUCGUAUGCCGCGGAAACCGCUUUCGUCUCGCCGACGCUCCUCAAGAUCGGCGUCGAUCAUCAGCACAUGACACUAGUGUGGGCGCUCAGCCCCCUCGUGGGCUUCUUUGUGACACCUAUUCUUGGCAGCAUGAGCGAUCGCUGUAAACUAAAUUAUGGCAGAAGGCGACCCUUCAUUCUCCUACUGGCUCUCGGGGUCUUCAUAGGUCUUAUCCUGGUGCCGAACGGCGAGCACAUCGGCUACGUGUUUGGCGAUACGUCGUUUCAUGGGAACGACACGAUUCCACUCGGACAUCGCAUAACGGCGAAGCUGCCCGAGGAGAUAACAUCCGGACCGGUUGAAAGAGCUUCCUCGCACUCCUGGGGUAUAUUCUUCACUAUUCUCGGCACGGUGUUGCUCGACUUCGACGCCGACGCCUGUCAGAGUCCGGCGAGGGCGUACCUCCUUGAUGUCACUGUACCUGAGGACCAUGCCAAAGGCUUAAGCACGUUCACCAUAAUGGCAGGCUUGGGAGGCUUCAUGGGUUACGGUUUGGGCGGCAUCAAUUGGGACGUCACGUCUCUCGGUAUUAUGCUCGGCGGGCAUCUGCACGCGACCUUCACCCUCAUUACGAUCAUCUUCAUCAUUUGUGUCAUGUGUACUGUCACCAGUUUCAAGGAGAUCCCUCUUGAAUUACUCGAGCGAGAUCAGUACCGGAAAAUGCACGAGCCAAAGGUUCCGGACGAAAUCCAAGGAACGGAGAACAAGCAAGAGGAACGCGAGAAGAUCAUCCCUGACGAGUUGAAAACUUAUGGUGCGCUCAACGCCAAGCACGAGACAAAUCCCUCAACAACGGAAACGCAACCCUCCGAUUGUCCUGAAGAGCCACUUUCCGAAGGCAGCCACGUUAACUACGGGUUCAACGGUGUCGAGGAUGAGCCGGACCACAAGGCGACUCUGAAGGAGUACCUGCUGUCCAUCGUCUACAUGCCGCGCAGUCUUCGCUUGGUCUGCUUAACGAAUCUGUUCUGCUGGAUGGCGCACGUCUGCUACUCUCUGUACUUCACGGACUUCGUGGGCGAGGCGGUGUUCGGCGGGAAUCCGCAGGCGCCCGUCGAUACCGACGAGCGGGAGCUCUACGAGGAGGGCGUGCGAUUCGGAUGCUGGGGCAUGUCCAUGUACUCGUUGUCCUGCUCGUGCUACUCGUUGAUCAUCGAGCGAUUGAUCAAGCGCUUCCGAGCGCGUAAAGUUUACAUCUACGGGCUACUCUUCUACAGCGCCGGUAUGUUUCUGAUGGCUCUGAUGAAACAUCCAGCCGGCGUUAUCAUCUUUUCAUGGACCGCCGGCGUCAUGUACUCCACGCUGUUCACCAUGCCCUAUCUACUUGUGGCGCAUUACCACGCGUCCUCAACCUUCGCCCUGACGACAGCUGGUGACGCGGUUUCCGGCGGUUUCGUGCGCGGUCUGGGGACCGACGUCGCCAUCGUCUCCUCCAUGGUGUUCCUUGCGCAGUUUCUGCUGUCCUGUUGUCUGGGCACGAUCGUCAGCUUCACUGGGUCUACCGCGGCAGUGGUCUACGUCGCUAGUAUUCUGGCGAUGUGCGGCGCUGCCUCGGCCACGCGGAUUAUGUACCUGGAUCUAUAAAUCCCGCUCAUCAAUCUAUCACUUUAAGUUAUAAUUAAUUAUUUCGACAACUGUCCAUAAGUCAACUUCGCGGAAAAAACUUUAGAAUAAUCAUUACAUUCAAAGAAACAGAAUAUUCUAUUAGUUGCAGAUAAUAUAUCGACAUAAUAUAUUAAGCUGGAGAAUAAGAUAGAUUUAUAAGGUAAUUGUGGCCAUCGCAUCAUCUGAUUAACUAUAGUUUCGUAUAGUUUCGCGUUAGGCAUUUUGACGUUAAUUUUACCAGCAAGUAAACUAUUGGUUAAUUUACUUACAAACUACCGAACGUUUCAAAAAUAUAUUGUACUCUGAUUGAAUAAUUAUCUAAAUAUUUAUUCGUUCUAAAUUGAUAUAUAAUAUCUUUAUCGAUAACGUUAAGAACGGACGGAUAUGUGUACAAUGUGUAACAUAACAAGUAAACGGUCGAUCAAUACAAGCUGAACGAAUACGGGUGCUCUUCA